AUGGAUAGAUAUCAGAGGGUGGAGAAACCCAAAGCAGAUACUCCUAUCAAUGAAAAUGAGAUCCGCAUUACCACUCAAGGAAGGAUGAGGAAUUAUAUCACAUAUGCUACCACUCUCUUUCAAGAGAAAGGAUCGGAUGAAAUUGUUGUCAAAGCAAUGGGACGGGCAAUAAAUAAGACUGUAAUGAUUACCGAGCUAAUAAAGAGAAGGAUUGUUGGUCUGCAUCAGAAUACUCAAAUUGGAUCAACUGAUAUAACGGACACAUGGGAGCCACUAGAAGAAGGCCUUCUUCCUUUGGAAACUACCCGUCAUGUUUCGAUGAUCACAAUCACCUUGUCAAAGAAAGAGCUGGAUACAUCCUCUAUAGGAUAUCAACCUCCUCUACCAGUUGAUCAAGUAAAACCUUUAAAUGAAUAUGAAGACGAAGGAGAAGGCUCACCAAGGAUGCGAGGAAGAGGGCGAGGUCGUGGAAGGGGCAGGGGUAGAGGUAGAGGAAGAGGAAUGUACAAUGGGGGUAUGGAAUAUGGAGAUGGUUGGGAUGGUGGCCGUGGCUAUGGUGGCAGAGGGCGUGGCCGUGCAUGGGGCCGUGCUUUCCGAGGACGAGGACGAGGCUUUGGUGCCCAGCCUGUUGGUUAUUACGACAAUGGUGAAUAUGAUGCACCACCUGCCCUACGUGGCCGAGGUCGUGGAAGGGGAUGGGGCGGUGGUCGUGGUCGUGAUGCAGGCCAAGGUGCAGCUGCCUGA